GUUUCAGAAAAGAUUACCCAAAAUGCACUAGCAUUCGGGAAAAUACCAGGCGGGCAAUAGAAAAAGUAUUACCAUGCGCAAAGCACGACAUUUAGAGCUUUUAAAAGCGUAAUAACUCUUCUGUAUGGAGUGAAAGAUCAGUAAUCAGCAGUGAAAUAACUCCGGACUCGACGGGAAGAUAAAAUCUUCUCCUUUCAGAAUGUUUUGAGCAAAGAUUAGACCGCGUAUUUAGCUCUCACGCGGGCAUGUAGGCUAACUGACUGUUAGCUAACAGUCAUCACUUCAGCUCGUUGUCCAAAAGCUUAUUGAUGUGAAUUGUUCACCUUUUUGAACAAAAUGUCUGGAUUUAACUUUGGUGCUGGGACUCUUGGUGCCAGCAACACGGGUGGAGGAUUUACAUUCGGGGGCGCCACAAGUGCACCUGCGGCCAAUACUGGUGGCCUUUCUUUUGGGACUCCUCUGGGGACAGCACCUGUAACCCCUGCUUCCACCUCAAGCACCCCAUCUCUUGGUCUGGGAGGAAUUCUUUUUACCCAGAAACCUGCAGGAGGCUUUUCUUUGAACAUGCCUGCCUCAACCUCCUCUGGCCCCACCACAGGCCUUACAUUAAGUACAUUAAGUGCCCCAGCUACUACGUCUGCAGCCACUGGCUUUAGUUUGGCCUUGAACAAGCCCACUGCAUCUGCAACACCAUUCUCCCUCACCACCACUACCACCCCCUCUACUGCUGGGGCAGCUUUAAAUUUUGGCUCCAUUCUGACAUCAACAGCUCCCCAACAGCCUGCAGCCACAGGGUUCACACUGUGUCUUGGUGGCACAACAGCCUCCACGGCGGCCUCAACGGUGCCGUCCCUAGGCACUGGUCUCUUUUCCAGCUCCGGAGCCACAGGUCUGGGUCAGACCACCCUUGGAGGAGGAGCCGGGUUAACCUUGGGUUCCCUGUUGGCGACCUCCACAGCAGCAUCGGCUGCUCCUGCCCCAAGUAUUGGUCUUGGCGGAGUUGACUUCAGCACUUCCUCUGAGAAUAAAAGUGACACCUCAUCAGGAAGCAAUGCACAGGACAGCAAGGCUUUGAAAGAUGAGAAUCUGCCAACAUUUAUUUGUCAAGAUGUUGAACAUUUUCAAAAAUUUGUAAAGGAACAGAAGCAGGUUCAGGAAGACAUUAGCAGGAUGUCAUCAAAGACCAUUUCUAAAGUCCAAGAUGACAUCAAGAGCCUCAAGCAGCUUCUUUCUGUGUGUGCCAGUGGGCUGCAGCGUCAGGCUCUGGCUAUUGACAAACUGAAGUUGGAGACUGCACAGGAGCUGAAAAAUGCUGACAUAGCGCUGCGCACACAAAAGACGCCUCCCGGACUUCAGCAUGAAAACUCAGCUCCCUCAGAUUAUUUUCGUAGCCUGGUGGACCAGUUUGAGGUGCAGUUGCAGCAGUUCCGGCAGCAGAUAGAAGAGCUGGAGAAUCACCUGACCACGCAAAGCAGUGGAUCACACAUCACCCCUCAAGAUCUGACUCUGGCCAUGCAGAAGUUAUACCAAACAUUUGUUGCACAGGCUGCUCAGCUUCAGUCUGUCCAUGAGAAUGUUAAGAUCUUGAAACACCAGUACCUUUCUUACCGAAGAGCCUUCCUGGAAGACUCCACUGAUAUCUUCGAGUCCAAACGGGCCUCCAACAGGAAAUGGGAGAGUGCGCCACGAGUCACAACCGGACCCGCUCCAUUCUCCAGUGUACCCAAUGCCGCAGCUGUUGCUAUGGCAGCCACGUUGACCCAGCAACAGCAGCCAACUCCAGGCAACCAGGCACCCUUGGGGGCAGGGUUUGGAAACCCCUUUGCUUCAGCAGUAGGCACUAGUUUGGGCUCUUCUACACUUGGAGGUUUUGGUGGUGGGCCAGGAUUUGGUGGCGUUGGAACUGGGGGGUCUUCUUUUGGGUUCUCCACGAAUAAGCCCGCAGGGGGCAGUUUGAGUGCAGGUUUUGGAAGCACCAGCGGCUCUGGCUUCAACUUCAGCAACCCUGGCAUCAACCAGUCUGCUGGACUGACGUUCGGCAUUUCAAACCAACCAGCCACAGCCUUUGGCACACCCCUUCUCCAGCUGAAGAAGCCCCCCGCUGGCAAUAAAAGGGGGAAAAGAUAGAAACAAGUUAAGACAAGAAUUAUGUGACCAGCUAGUGGCUUGUAGCAAAGAACAGCCUGGCCUCUUAAAAGCAUAGAAACAGUGCUAAAACGAUCAUUACCAGUUUGAUGGAAAAUAUUUUUUCAUGUAACAGAUUAUUUUGAGUUAUGUUAUUUCAACCUGGGGAAAAGAAAUCCUGUGGACAAUCUAACAUUAUUUUUCUUAACAUUAUUCUCUGCCAUGGCUGCUUUGAGCCAAGAGACAACAGAUCACAUCAGGACAGUGUCAGAUGGCAAGAAGAUGUCGUUUGAAGCACGAUUAAGCCCAUUAGAACUGCCUCUAACAGUUUGUUUCUUACAACAAUGCUUUGGGGAAUGCGAAAGCCAGAACAGUUGAUUCAACAACAAAUUGCUCAGUUAUUUUGAGGAGUUUUUUUGUUUUUUUUUUCCUAAAUAUAAGAUAAACAUGUUUUUGUGCUUUCAGAUGGACUGUAGCUUUCUUUCCAUUGUAUCUAAAACUCUUUCAGAACAGAGCUGCUGUGCAAAUGGCUUCGCUCAAGUUGCGUCCAAAGAGGAUAAAAAAAAAAAAGAUAUAAAGGGAAAGGAGCUUGUGAUAAUAGUAAGGAACAGUAUAGCCUGUGUCCACCCUUGUCAGCGAGUAUCAAACCCUAGAUAGUUUAGGUCCAAGGUGUCUUUAGGGAGAUGCCGUUUUAUUUUUGUAUCAUGUAAAGGAAGCUAUGACAUUCAGACAACAGUGCAAGAACAUGAAUGUCUUUUGGGUUUUCCAAUGUCAUGUCCACAUAAUCAGUUUUUUGCUGAGAUCCAUUCUGAUUGAUGUUUUCUUCUAGAUGUACAUUCUCUACGCCUGUGUACCAAUGUAUUGUAAGACUGUGGGAAAAAUACAGUUGUUCGUCCUCCAUAGACCUAUGAAAUGUACGUUUAUUCUGACAGUUUCUCAAGCAUAUUCUGCUUGCGCAGUUUCUACAUGUACUAGAUAAAGUUUGCACUAUCCAGUGUGCGUGAUCUGACAGUGAUCGUGUGAAUCUGCCCGUCACUCAGCUAUUAUGCUUUUAAGCAUUGGUUUAAGAACUAUGCCUCUGUUUUUGUGUCCAUGUCACUUUGGUUAUUACCAAAUAACUGUAGUUGUACUCUUGUUUUCUAUUUGGUCUGUGGAGAUGUGUAUUUUUGAGAUGCUGUUUAAUAAUAAAAUCUUUUGUUUGUU